AUGGCCGAGCGGUCUAAGGCGCUGCGUUCAGUACGAUCAUCACUGUUUUCAUCUGAUGAUAAGAAGAACGACUGGGAGAGGAUCGUGGGGGGAACCAAGGCCCCUAACGGCUCCGUGCCUUACCAGGUGUCUCUACGAAUUUGGGGGGUUCGUCAUUUCUGUGGGGCCUCCCUCAUAGCCCCGAGGGUAAUACUAACAGCUGCGCAUUGUGUCGAUGGUUUAAAACCCCAGUACUUUCAAGCCAUAGUGGGGACUAACCAGCUCCUAGCGGGCGGCACCGCUUACACCAUCCGUAAGGUCGUAAGGCAUAAAGAGUAUGACGAAGAAAUAAUUGUCAACGAUAUAGCUAUCAUUUUUACUGAUAAGGAAGUAGAAUUCAAUGAUAAAGUAGAUGCUAUUGAGUUGAAUGAUGAGCCAGUAGACGCGGGUGAAGAAUUACUCUUGACAGGAUGGGGUACUACAUCUUAUCCCGGGCAUCUCCCCAACGAUUUAAUGCAAUUACAACUAAAGGCGGUUUCCUACGAAGACUGUAAAGAGGCACAUAACUCAACUAACGCUGUGUUCGAAACAGAAAUAUGUGCAAUGACAAAAUCUGGAGAAGGAGCCUGUCAUGGUGACUCCGGCGGUCCGUUGGUGCGUGAAGGUCGCCAAGUGGGUAUCGUGUCAUGGGGCAUUCCCUGCGCUAGAGGGAAACCGGAUGUUUACACGAAGGUGGAAUCCUAUAUGGCGUGGAUAGAACAGGUUCUGAAUGAGGACGAUGAAGACCACCUCCACUUCAUACAAGGACACAGUCGCAAAAACAGACAUUAACAAUAUAGACAGUACAUUAACAUUACAAGUGACACAUAAUGAACGGGAUUGAUAGGACAGCAAUUGAUUUACUUUAUGAUGGACUCAAGAAGACUCAAACGUUACAAAUGUUCUAAACACUUCUUGAAUAAUUAAAAAAAUAAUACUUUUUGAAGAUUUAAUUGUGGCUUGUUAAUAAGAUUUUGUCUAAAUUGUCAUAUCAAUUACCGAGGCUCACUUUAAUACAAUCAGU